UCCAGCAAACUGAUCCUUAUUUCUCAACAGCCAUCGUUUGCCUUUUUUGGUCUAUCCGUAACUGGGUUCUACGCUCCAUCAACAACCAUCACAACAAGCUGCAGCAAUGCCAUUACAACGUACAGCUACAUCCAGUCAACAGUCAGGCCUCUCCGAAAUGAAGCAUUUGUUACACUGCAACUAGACGAUAUAUCAGCAAGCUUCUUUACAACCUAUGACGGGCUGAGCUCUCGAAUGAUGUUCAUCUUUUCGACUAUCAAAAAUGCUGCUCAAAACGAAUCAUCUAACAUAGACAACCAGUUUGUCCAAAUCAACAAUACUAUUUCAACUGCACUGAGUUUCAUUUCUGACAUCAAUUGUAGUCUAUGGGAAUCUUUUUUUGAAACUAGACUAUCACUGGAUAUCAGUGCAACAAGUGCAUCUCUACAAAACAUUUCCCAAAUUUUGAAUCUUGAGAUUUAUCCACAGUUGAUCUCCUUAUAUGGGCUAAAGCCAGUACCUUCGUCAUCUAUAUCGGCCAAUAUUCCUGAAACUCUUUUGAACCAGUUUACUGCCAUAAUAGAUCAACUUCAACAAACCGAGCAGAACACCAUACUACCUUCCGUUCGCACAGCUGUGGAGGCUCUACAGUCAUCCAAUACAAGACUAAAAGCAUACAUUUCACAAAUAACGUCAAGUUUCACCAAUCUAGACAUUAUCCUAAGUCAAACAUGGAACGCAGUGACCUUAUUGCCGGAAACGUAUACCACGACCACCAACCGUCUAUAUGAUCCAGUUAGGAAUUCGGUGACCAAUUUCAUCAAGGCCAUCAACGGGUUUACCGAUUUGUAUCUGGGAACAUCAGCUGGCGUAGACAUCACAGCUGUGAACACUUUCUCCAGCAGCUAUUUCGCCAAUGCAUCUUCGGAAACUGACAUGGUCGUUUCAAAGUUGGAUCGAUUUCGAUCGAAAUUCAGCGACCAAAUUUUAACGACGACUAGCAACAUAUUGGCCACGGGCUACCAAGCAAUGCAAACUAUCGGGAUGCUAAUGAUUCAACAGACUAAUCUACCCAUUUGUGCUAGUCAGCUUAUUCAACCGUUCGUCGAUAGAAAUGCGGCACUGCUCGGGUCAACACAGAGCUGUAUCUAUGGUGCAAACUUCGACUUCAAUGCACCCAUGCAGACGCAGAUUUCGGUGGCAACAGCCAUACAAUCCGAUGUGCAAUACUAUUUGGCAUUGCUCAAUGGACUUUUGACUGGGGUGACUGAUAACAGCUUGGCUACUACGCGUAUCGCUGCAGAUUCUCAUGUGACGGCGUUCUUCAGCCAAUCCAAUGGCAUCAUCCAGACGUUUAACCAACAACUGGUAAACAUGUACGUACAGUUGAAUGCCGACUAUGAUCUCAUCGUAGGCCGUUCUAGCUAUUGUCUCGCUAGUAAGGACGCCGAAGCAAGCUCGGUUGCAGAAGAUUUUGUUAGCGCUUUUCAGCAGUGUUUGCAAUGAACGUUGAACUGUUUGAAUUGUAGUAUCAAGUGAUCCGAGUCAUAGUAAAGUUUGUAAAAAGCAUGAAUAC